AUGACAGCAUUUGGUUAUGAGUCGGAAGAGCUGAUUGAGUCGUCUUCUGAACAAGAAGGAGUUAUUUUCCUGAAAUUGGGAAACAAAGAAGAAACAACAAAUAUUUGUUCGGAUCCACGCCUGAAAGAAAUGAGAAUUGAAGUCCACUCUCUAGUUGAUCUCAAUGGAAUGCAUCUCCGAGAUGCAAAUGAUUUAGUGAAAAUAGCAUCAAUUGAUCGAAACGUAACUGACAACGUUCUUAUGGAUGUUUUGACAGAACUAAUCUGCUUGGAAGAUCCGGAAAGAAAGAAAAUAGCAGAGGAAGAAGUGGAAAUUAUCAAAAAAGGGAUUUCUGAUGUGAUUGAAAAUGGAGUUUGUACAAUGUUUGGAUCAUAUUCAUCUCUGGUUCGUCGGAAUGGAUAUUCUGAUAUUGAUAUGGCGGUAUCUUCGGAAUCAGAGAACACUUUGUCGGUCCGGCCACUUCAGAUGAUUAUUGAUAACCCAAAAUGUCUCCUUGAAAAUCCAAUGACAUAUGCCGAGUUCUAUUCGUACCCACAAGAAGAAAUAAUCAAAGCCAUUUUCCAAUGUUUGGUUGAUAAAGAAGAAUUCCGUGAAAAAUUUGAAAUGCGGACUCUGUUGGUCAGAACUCCAAUAGUCGUAUUGAAAAGUACCAAGAUUCCAGAAAUGAAGGUGAGCGCCUUCAAAUGA